CGGAAAAAUGCACAAUCGCAGGACUAUCUGACGUCUAGCUUGUGGAUCUAAUUUUUACAAUUAGAAAAUCUAGAAGAAACAAACAGGAAACGAGUCUUCUGCUCCACAACAAUGACGGACUCGUUCUACGCUGCCAAGGCUGAUGUAGCUUCGUCUCCCGUCCCCAUGGCUUCCUCAGGACGAGCGAGCAGUAUGUUCAGCGAAUACCAGAGCAACGAAGUCAUCAUCAAACACUACAACUACACAGGCAAGCUGAAUGCCAGCAAGUACAAGACUGGACUCACAGGCGAGUCCAUCGCUGUCCUGCUGGUCUGCCUGCUUAUCGUUGCAGAAAAUGCCAUCGUGCUUGCAGCCAUCUGGAAGAACAAGAAGUUUCAUAUUCCCAUGUACUAUUUAUUGGGCAAUUUAACUCUCUCCGACCUGCUCGCAGGUUUGACCUACAUGAUAAACAUCAUAACAUCUGGUGCCAACACGUUACACAUGACCCCUGUGCUGUAUUUCCUGAGGGAGGGGUGUGUGUUCAUCAUGCUGGCAGCUUCGGUCAUCAGUCUGCUGGCCAUCGCCAUUGAGCGCCAUGUCACCAUGGUGAGGAUGAAGCCGUACCAAGGGGACAAACAGGGUCGGAUGUUUAUCCUGAUCGGAGCCAGCUGGAUGCUGUCCGUGUUUCUGGGCGUCCUGCCGGUCCUGGGGUGGAACUGUAUCACACAGCUGGAGAACUGCUCCACCGUUCUGCCGCUCUACGCCAAAAGUUACGUCCUGUUCUGCAUCACGGUCUUCAGCGCCAUCCUCCUGUCCAUUGUGGUGCUGUACGUUCGCAUCUUCCGCAUCGUCAAGUCCAACACCCAGCGCCUCACCACGGUACCACAAAGGAAAGGCCUUUACCGCAAGUCCAAGAAGUACAUGGCGCUGCUGAAGACGGUCACCAUCGUCCUGGGUGUCUUCAUUGCAUGCUGGCUGCCUCUUUUCAUCCUCUUCCUGCUGGACUUCUGCUGCCCCAUCGGACACUGCAAAGUGCUCUAUAAGGCCGAUUACUUUCUGGCCACUGCGAUCCUCAACUCCCUGUUGAACCCCAUCAUCUACACGUUGACCAGCAAAGAUAUGAGGAAGGCCAUCCUCAAGCUUCUCUGCCGCCACUGUCUCCUAACCAAAGACGGAAAGAUGAAGAAUUUCGGAAUGGCCUUCUUAGAUUUUAGCACCACUAAGACAGAUGCAGCCUCUCACAGGUUGGAGGGACUGGAGACGACGGUGUCCUCUGGUAACUUUACACCCUCAACCGUUAAAGCCAUUUAUCCCAGGAUUUCUAGGAUAUGACUGUC